UUCAGAUAUUUCUGAAUGCAAGCUUCAGUACAGUGUCUGCUCUCGACAAGAAUUGUGCACAAAUGUGAUAGGUCGUCUUGGAAGCUUCAACUGUUCCUGUUUGGAUGGAUAUGAACAAACUAACUCAUUUGACACCUGUACAGAUAUCAAUGAGUGCAGUCUGUCAUCAACAAAUUGCUCGGCCUUGGAGGCAUGUGUGAACACGCCAGGAAGCUUCCUUUGUGAAUGUCUCCCUGGAUUCAACAGACGCAGACCAAAUGAUGAGUGCACAAAAUUCAGUCGAACUCAAAUGAGUUUGUACCCAUACGGAAACGACACAGACACCGUUCUUGUUGGUGAUGACAAAAUCAGUGGAGCCAUUUACUUCAAAAAUGGUCUUCCCUUUGGUACAGAAAAGAAAUCCAAAGUUUAUGUGUCUACUGAUGGAGUAAUUUCUGCAGACAGGAGGCUGUACCAACUAUACGGUAAUAUGGAAUAUUGGUCUCAGAAUGGGUACAGAUUUAUUGCUCCUCUGAUGACAGAUAUUGAUACCGAACCCACCGGACAGGUUAUGUACAAAAUGUACACACGGAGCACAGAUGUGUCUGUUAAUACCAGUGUUGAGACCCUAAGUGUGCUCGAGCAAGCAGCUAGAGAUGUUGCAGACAACAUGGAAGUAACUGAUUUUGAUCCUACUUCUGUACUUGUGGUCACCUGGGAUUCAGUACAUGGAAGUUAUGCCAACACCAGUGGAAAGGGUGCAGAUGCUCUCUCUACGUUUCAAGUUGUCAUCAUCAGUGAUGGACAGACAUCGUACGUGCUAUUUUUGUACAAAUCAGACUCGUUCAACUGGCAGUACAUCAAAGGCCAGCGCGUUGUGUCCGGUUUCUUCACUGACAAGGGUGGAUUGCAUGUUGUUCAACCCAACAGCUACCUUGUUGAGCUCCUGGGUGAUAUGGUUGGAAAUACAGGUCGCCAUGGCACAUGGAUGUUCAAGCUUGGAAACUUUGUGAACCAAGUGCAAAAGUGUGAAAAUUUCUACCUUGAGAAUGCAUACCUCUUAUCUGACAGAACAUUUCAGGAACAAGCUAAUGGUAUGCUCAAUUGCCCAUGCAGUCUCACCCAGAUGGGUCAGCAGUGGCAGCAGUUGUCUCGAAGUGGCACAAAGAUAUGUUUUGCUCUUAACAAUAUUGUAACAAGAUUCUUUGGCCAUACCAGGAAUAGGAUAUGUUGCUACCGAAUGCCCAGUGAAUUCACAUUUUGGAGGACAAGCAGAACAGAGAUCACGUUUAUCUCAGAGCGCCCAGACGCUGGAUUUGUCACAUUGUACAACCCAUUCUCCUUUUCGGAAUCUGCUCGGGAUUAUGCAAAGUAUGACAGGAACCCGCACAAGCUGUGCUGUCUAGAUUCACAGCAUGAGGAGUCAUGUAAACUCUUCUACUCAGUGAGGCCAAGUUCGACAUGCACCCCCACUGCCGUCAUUAUUAAUGGCAUUGCCAUUGGAGAUCCUCACCUCACCACCAUGGAUGGCAAAAAGUACUCGUUCAAUGGGCUCGGGGAGUACUUCCUGGCAAGAAUCCCAAGUCGUAACUUUGAUCUUCAGGGCAGAACCGCUUUGGCAACACUGGACGACGGCAGCACCGCUAGGGCAACAGUUUUCUCAUCCAUCGCAGCUGCAGAUGACAACAUAGCUACCUUCCAAGUGGACCUGUCAGAGAACAAAACAAGACUGAUAAUCUACAUCAACGGGCAGGACCGUACUGAAGACUUUUAUGCCGAUGUAGGAUUCACCUUCUCCACGACUGGCAUUGAUGUGACAAGAGUGGACCGGUCUGGCAAACCCAGAGUAUCAGCUGCAUUCACAGCAGGCGUGGGAGUGACUGUUGGCUUAGGCAUCCGUAGCCUGGAUCUUAGCAUUACCAUGGAGAAAAACAUCCUGAGGGGAUUGACAUCAGGUCUUCUUGGCACGUUGGAUGAAGACCCUAACAAUGAUUUCCAGCUACCAAAUGGCACUGUGCUGAGUUCAUCUCUUUCUGAGAAGGACAUCUUUGAGCAGUUUGGAUCGGCCUGGCUUGUUGAUGUACAAGACUCAAUCUUCAUAAACCCAGCUGGCAAGACAGCAGCAGACUACCAGUUCCCAAAUUUCACACCAAUGUUCAGGUCAGACAUUCCUGAUGAUGUUCUGAAUGCAUCAAUUGCAAGAUGUGGCCAAGAUCAGGAUGCCUGUAUCUUUGACUAUGCCCUGACGGAGAGCGAAGAGUUUGCUAACAAUACCAGGGCCAAUGAUGUGGACGGUGAUACUGUCAGGGGCCAACUGCGAAACACGGCUCCAAAUCUAAGGAUUUUCUCUCCUCUGACUUCUGAUGGAUACUUAUUUGCGGAAGAUGGAAAACCAGUGACAAUUUUUAUGUUCGCAAGUGACCCUGAUAGAGAGGUUUUGACUAUAGAGUCACUUACAGAUCAGUUUCCCAGUUCCAUUGGUAGCCCGAUUGGAUCUGUCUCUUUUGCAUUCAGUGCUGAUAACCCUGUCGCUCUCAGGUUUGUAGCAAAGGAUGAGGCUGGGGGCCAGUCUGCUGUUCUCACAGUCAAGGUUGCUCUUUGCACUUUGUGCAGUGAAAAAGGAGUUUGUGAUAGACUUCAAUUGAGGGAGGCAGAAGAUGCUGAGGGAAGCUUCCGAAAGUAUGUCUGCGUUUGCGAAGCGGCCUACACAGGUGAUGAAUGUGAAUUGGACAGGGAUGGAUGUGCAGAAAACCCUUGCAGUACUGGUAGAGAAUGUAAUGACACUCUAGCACCUUUACAAGAGUUUGGAGAGCCUCCCUACACAUGCGGGCCAUGUGGUGAUGGUCUUCUACUUGUUGGUGACAAAUGUGAAGAUGAUAACGAAUGUGCUCGUAAUGUAUGUGAUGGAAUUUGUGUAAAUACCUUUGGCUCAUUUGAAUGCUCCUGUAGUUCAGGAUACAGAUUGUUCCAGGACGUCUCUUGCUCAGAUAUCGAUGAGUGCCAAGGACCCAACACAUGUCAGCAAACGUGUAUCAACAAUGUGGGUUCUUAUGACUGUGGCUGCUAUGAUGGUUAUACCUUGGACCAGGAUGGACUCACUUGUCUUGAGAAUACCACCAACACAGUCUGCGACACGGCAGGCUGCAGCCAAGCAUGUGUAGUGAGUGACAACAACACACCAGUUUGUACAUGCUUUGCGGGAUUCACACUGCAACCUGGCAUUACUACAAACUGUGUUGAUGUGGAUGAGUGCCUGUCUGGGUCAUCUAUCUGUGAUCAACUAUGCACAAAUACUAAUGGAAGCUACAGCUGUGCAUGUUUCCCUGGCUCUAGACUGAAUCAAGACGGCACCACUUGUGAUGCCUGUGAGAGUCCCAACUAUGGUGAAGAAUGUAGACUCACAUGUGAAUGCAAUAGCAGAGGCUUGUCCUGCGAUCCUGUCAGAGGUUGUGUCUGCCAGCCAGGCUACACAGGCACCAACUGUGUGGACGACGUCAACGAAUGCUUGCAGGCAGAUGUGUGCGGUGUAAGGCAGAGCUGUGUCAACACUGAAGGAUCCUAUCGGUGUGAAUGUGAGGCAGGAUAUAUGAUGAUGAACGAUAGUACUUGUGAAGAUGAAAAUGAAUGUGCUGACAUUCUAACCAACAACUGCAACAGUUCGUUGUAUGAAGUGUGUCGCAACACAGUAGGAAACUACACUUGUGAUUGUGAAUCUGGCUACUCCAAGAAUUCUAUGGACAUCUGUCAAGAUAUUGAUGAGUGCAGCUUGAAAACAGACUCUUGUGAUCAAAUUUGUGUCAACAUGGAUGGUGGUUACAACUGUGACUGUCAAUUUGGCUAUGUCCUUGAUGAUGUAGACAGGUCAAAAUGUGUGCAAAUUGAAGAUGUCUGCAAAAACGAGCCUCAACUGUCCUGCUCUUUUGGAUGCAGCGUGAACCGCACCACCAAUGAGACUUUUUGCUAUUGCCCUGAUGGAGGCUACAGACUCUCUGCUGCAGAUAAUCAAACAUGCCUAGAUAUCAAUGAAUGCAAUGAAACAGACCUGAACAAGUGCAGUGAGCAAGACACGUGUGUCAACACUGAGGGGAGUUACACUUGUUCCUGUCGAAUAGGCUUCAAGCUGGAUAAUGAUAAACGGACAUGCAUUGAGUGCCCAGAUGGAACAUGGGGAAUGGGCUGUGCCAAUCAGUGUGAGUGCUCGGGGAGAUGUGACCGAGUUACUGGUUGUGUUUGUGACAGUGGCUUCACGGGUAGCGCCUGUGAAACUGACAUCAACGAGUGUGAGUUAGGUCCUUGUCCUGACUUUGAGAUCUGUGAGAACACCAGAGGUUCCUUCACUUGUGCGUGUCCUACAGGCUAUAAAAGAGAUGGACAAGGAUGCACUGAUGUUGAUGAGUGUCAAGCCGACGGUGUCUGUGACCAGGACUGUGAGAACACUGACGGCAGCUACUACUGUGUAUGCAGGACAGGGUUUGUCACCGAUGCUGCAUCCCAGAAAUGUGUCGAUGUUGAUGAGUGCUCUCAGAACAGACAGUUGUGUUCUCAAGCAUGUGUGAAUACACAGGGAAGCUAUAGAUGUGCCUGCCUGUCUGGAUUUAUUCCUCAGUCUGAUGGUUUCUCCUGUGAAAGCCAGGAUAAAUGUACAAACAAGAACUGUUCCUUUGACUGCGAGGUGCUGAAUGGUCAAGAACAAUGUCUGUGUCCUCGAGGACAACGGGUCAACCCUGAUAAUGAACUGUUGUGUGAGGACGUGGAUCUCUGUGAGAACAACCAGUGCCAGUUUGGAUGUGAAGAGAUAGAAAAUGGAGAGGACUUUCAGUGCCAGUGUCCACAAGGAACUCAAUUGUCAGAGGACGGGAUCAACUGUGACACUUGUCCUCCUGACAAGUUUGGUUUUGCCUGCAGUGGUGUUUGCGAUUGUGUGGGAGAGGGCACAGAGUUAUGUGAUCCAGUCACAGGGACUUGCAACUGUACGAAUGGCUUUGAUGGUUUAAGGUGUGAAAAUGAUAUAGAUGAGUGCUUGUUGCCAGCCGGGCCGUGUGAUGAUAAGAACUUCACAUUUUGCCUGAACACACGUGGCAGCUACCUGUGCCCAUGCAGAAGCGGAUACUCUGUCAAGAAUGUGACGUCUGGCCAGUGUGAAGAAUGUGAUAAUGGCUUUUUUGGAAUUGGCUGUCGCCAAGUAUGCUCGUGUUCCCAAGGAGAAGAUUUUUGCAAUAAAACGUCCGGAGAAUGUGGUUGCAGAGAAGGUUGGAAUGGAACACUCUGUGAUAUUGACAUCAAUGAAUGUGAAGCUGGGACUGACGACUGUGGUUCAUACAACCCUCCUGCUACAUGUGUCAAUAAGCCGGGAAGUUAUGACUGCAUCUGUCCAAAUGGCUACUUUAACAAUGGACAGGAUUGCGAGGAUAAUGAUGAAUGCCAAAUCAUAACAUGUGGGAUGAACCAGGUGUGCGUCAAUACUCCUGGCUCUUUCUCCUGCCGUUGUGCUCCAGGAUUCAGAGUAAAUACAGUGACCGGUGAAUGUGAUGACGAAAAUGAAUGUGAAAGUGACCCAUGUCCUGUGGGUGAUGUGUGUGUCAACAACAUGGGCUCCUAUUUAUGUUCUUGUAAAACAGGCUUUCAGCGCAAUGGAACACUGUGCCAAGACAUAAAUGAAUGUCUGGACAGCCCGUGUGGUGUUAACCAAGCGUGUGGCAAUACUGUGGGCUCUUACACCUGUACAUGCAAGCUUGGAUAUGGCAUCGUAAAUUCACGCUGCGCAGAUACAAAUGAAUGUGACGGAAACCCAUGCGGACUGCGUGAAAAGUGCACCAACACUGAUGGCUCUUACAGCUGUUCAUGUCUAGAUGGAUAUAGCAAAGACAACAAUGAUGUGUGUUCAGACAUAAAUGAGUGUGACACUAACCCAUGCCAGGCGAAUGAAAGGUGUAUCAACGAACCUGGCACAUACAAAUGUCCUUGUAUCACUGGUUUUGUCAACAAUGGAACAGGAUGUGAAGACAAAAACGAAUGUGAUGGCAGCCCAUGCUCAGUGAAUGAAGUCUGCACAAACACACCCGGCUCUUUCAACUGUUCCUGUACUGGUGGAUUUGCCCUCAAUGAUACUGUGUGUACAGACAUCAAUGAAUGUGACAGUGGCCCAUGCCAGGUGAAUGAAGUUUGUAGCAACGAACCUGGCAACUACAGUUGUACAUGUAAUACUGGUUUUGUCGACUCUGGAACGGGGUGUGAAGACAUUAACGAAUGUGAUGGAAAUCCAUGCGGCAGCUUCGAAGAGUGCAACAACACUGAGGGCUCCUACAAUUGUUCAUGUUUAAAUGGAUUUAACCGCACAGACUCUGGAUGCACAGACAUAAAUGAGUGUCUUGAUAACUCAUGUGGCGUGAAUCAAGUUUGUCAAAAUGCAAACGGUGGCUUCUCUUGUCCAUGUGCUACCGGUUUUGUCGAAUCUGCAACAGGAUGCAUAGAUAAAAACGAAUGUGAUUCGGAGCCAUGCCCAGUAAAUGAAGUUUGUGACAACACUGAAGGUUCUUUCAACUGUACUUGUCCAGCUGGAUUUAAUGUCAUCAAUUCUGUGUGUACAGAUAUUGAUGAGUGUGCUGAAGGCACAGACAACUGCACUUCAAGACAGGUAUGCACCAACUUAGAUGGCUCUUUCGAAUGUCGCUGUCCACAAGGAUCUCAGCCUGACUUCAACAACACUUGUCCAGACAUCAAUGAGUGUGCGACCAAUCCAUGUGAUCAGAAUCAAGUGUGCAACAACACUGACCCUGGAUUCAGUUGUGACUGCCGGUCUGGCUAUGAGCCAGGACAGGGUGCAGUGCUAGGAUGUGUGGAUAUCAACGAAUGUGAUACAAACCCAUGUGGAGAAAACGAAGACUGCACAAACAAACCUGGCUCAUUUGACUGUUCCUGUUCUGCUGGCUAUGAGAAUGGCACCAGUGGUGUCUGUGUUGACCUAGAUGAAUGUGAUGGAAAUCCAUGCAAGGUGAAUGAAGAGUGCCUCAACAGUAUUGGAUCUUUCACCUGUCCAUGUUCUCAAGGUUUUUCACGUGUGGGACAAGUGUGUUCAGACAUAAAUGAAUGUGUGACAGGGAACCCAUGCCAGGCGAACGAGGAGUGUACCAACAAUGAGGGCUCUUUUGACUGUAGGUGUGAUUCUGGCUUUGUCAGGAAUGGAACAGUUUGUUCAGACAUAAAUGAAUGUGAAGGAAACCCUUGUAGGGCAAAUCAGGUGUGUUCCAACAACGAUGGCUCUUUUACCUGUGCCUGUGACUCUGGAUUUAUCUUAAAUGAAUUAGACUGUAUAGAUGUGAACGAAUGUCAACAAAACCCAUGCGAUGCCAACGAAGUUUGUGACAACAAUGAGGGUUCAUACACGUGUACCUGUGUUAUUGGCUACCAACCUGAUGCAAAUGAUGAAUGCAUAGACACAGAUGAAUGUCAAAGAAAUCCUUGCGCGGCAAACGAGGAAUGUAGCAACACUGUGGGCUCUUUCAACUGUCCCUGUAAAACAGGAUUUAUCAAAAAUGGAACAGAAUGUAUAGAUGUGGAUGAGUGUCAGCAAAAUCUUUGUGGACCCAAUACGAUUUGUUCCAAUACCCCUGGAUCGUAUGAAUGCUCCUGUUUGAAAGGUUAUCAGGAGGAACAGGGUGUUUGUGUAGAUGUAGAUGAAUGUGAAACAAAUCGAUGCCAGGCAAAUGAGAGGUGCAGCAACACUGAGGGCUCUUUUGACUGUCUUUGUGUAACUGGUUUUUUCGAAUCUUCGACUGGGUGCACAGACAUAGAUGAAUGUGACACACGCCCAUGCAAAUUGAACGAGGACUGUAGCAACACUGUGGGGUCAUUCACCUGUGCAUGUGUACCUGGCUUUGAGCCCAAUACGUCUGGUGGGGAAGGGUGUACUGACAUUGAUGAAUGUGACAGUAACCCAUGCAAGACCAAUCAAGUGUGUAGGAACUCUGUGGGCUCUUUCACCUGCGUGUGUGCCACUGGCUUUGUUUCCAAUGGAACACUGUGUAUAGAUGUGGAUGAAUGUCUGCUUAAUCCAUGCAAAGUAAAUGAGGUCUGUACAAACAACGAAGGAUCGUAUUCAUGUUCCUGUUCUGAUGGUUAUGAGGCCAAUGCGAAUAAUGAGUGCACAGACAAAGACGAAUGUCAAGAAAAUCCAUGCCAGCAAAAUGCAAACUGUCUCAACAAUGAGGGAUCUUUCAGUUGUUUGUGUCAGCCUGGAUUUUUCCCUGAUGGACCGAAUUGUACAGAUAUCGACGAAUGUCUUCAGUCUCCUUGUGGACCUAAUUCAGUGUGUAUAAAUGCUCCAGGAUCUCAUAUCUGUGGGUGUGAAAGUGGAUAUGUGUUCAAUGCACUUGAUACCUGUGUAGACUUUGACGAAUGUGUACAAGACCCUUGCAAAGAAAAUGAGGUGUGUACCAACCUUCCAGGCAGUUACACAUGUCCUUGUGCAACUGGGUUUGCCCUCAAUGGAUCAUUGUGUUCAGACGUAGAUGAAUGUGCAACGAAACCAUGCCGUGACAAUGAAGUGUGUAACAAUACUGUAGGCUCCUACACCUGUUCUUGUGCAUCAGGAUUUCAGUUGGUUGAAUCAGACUGCACAGACAUAGAUGAAUGUGACACAAAUCCAUGUAAGGAGAAUGAACAGUGUAAGAACAACGUGGGUUCCUUCACCUGCCUUUGUGUUCCUGGGUUCCUUCUUAAUGGAGACAUAUGCUCAGAUGUUGAUGAAUGUGACCAAGACCCAUGCGAUCCCAAAGCUAUUUGUACAAACACCCAAGGCUCAUACACCUGUAACUGUACUGUCGGCUAUGAGGGAGACGGAAUCGCAUGUGCGGACAUCAAUGAAUGUGAUAUGAAUCUGUGCCAGACAAAUGCAGAGUGUAACAACAAUGAAGGCUCUUACACCUGUCCUUGCAAAACAGGCUUUGAGCUCAAUGGAACUGAUUGCACAGAUAUAGACGAGUGUGCACAAGGUGCUUGCACAGCCAAUGAGGAUUGUUCUAACACUGCGGGAUCUUUCAGUUGCUUUUGUUCUGAUGGUUAUAAGUUAGACUUGUCUUUUGCCUGUGUUGAUAUUGAUGAGUGUGAUGAAGGCACAGACAAUUGCACCUCAAGACAAGUAUGCACCAACACAGAUGGCUCUUUCGAAUGUCGCUGUCCACAAGGAUCUCAGCCCAAUGUCCUCAAUAACUGUCCAGACAUCAAUGAGUGUGCCAGCAAUCCAUGUGCGCAGAAUCAAGUAUGCAACAACACUGACCCUGGAUUCAGUUGUGACUGCCGGUCUGGCUAUGAGCCAGGGCAGGGUGGAGUGCGAGGAUGUGUGGAUAUCAACGAAUGUGAUACAAACCCAUGCGGGCAAAACGAAGACUGCACAAACAAACCUGGCUCAUUUGACUGUUCCUGUUCUGCUGGCUAUGUGAAUGGCACUAGUGAUGUCUGUGUUGAUAUAGAUGAAUGUGGAAGUAACCCAUGCGGGGUGAAUCAGGUAUGCACAAACUCUCCAGGGUCUUACUCCUGCCCAUGUGAAACUGGCUUUGUCAGCGAUACAUUUGGUGGUUGUAUAGACACAAAUGAAUGUGAUGGAAACCCAUGCCUUGUGAAUGAAGAGUGUCGCAACACCGUGGGCUCUUUCGAUUGUUUCUGCGUGACUGGCUUUAGGCGCAAUCCAACUAUUUGUGAAGACAUAGAUGAGUGUGCAACAAACCCUUGCCAGGUGAAUCAGGCGUGUAGAAACACUGUGGGCUCUUUCAACUGUCCAUGUGUAUCUGGUUUUAUCUUGAAUGGGACUGUUUGUGCAGAUGUGAACGAAUGUGAUAAGAACCCAUGCCAAGUCAACGAGAGAUGUGUUAACAAUGAUGGAUCAUAUACAUGCCCCUGUAGAGCUGGCUACCAGAAAGAUGCCAAUGACACAUGUAUAGACAAGAAUGAAUGUGAUGAGAACCCGUGCGGGGCAAACCAGGAUUGUAAAAAUACAGAAGGAUCUUUCAACUGUCCCUGUUCAUCUGGAUUCACCUUAAAUGGUACAGAAUGUGAAGAUGUGGAUGAGUGUGAGAUUCCCACUGCUUGCGAUCUCAAUGAGAAGUGUGUCAAUGAAUUGGGAUCCUUCUCAUGCCCAUGUAAAGAUGGAUACCAGUUCAACGUCAGUAUAGACUUGUGUUCAGACAUAAAUGAAUGUGAUGGAAGUGCGUGUCAGGAGAACGAGGUGUGCGCCAACACUGUUGGCUCUUUCACCUGUUCGUGUGCUGUUGGAUUUACUGAUGAGGGCUCAGGGUGUAUAGACAUUGAUGAGUGUCAGAGAAACCCAUGUCAAGUGAAUGAGGUGUGCAAUAACACUGUGGGCUCCUUCUCGUGUCCAUGUGACACUGGAUUUACCAACAAUGGAUCUAGUUGCACAGAUGUGGACGAAUGCGAUCAAGAUCCAUGUCAGGCCAAUGAGGAUUGUGUUAACAAUGAUGGAUCAUACACAUGCCCCUGUAUUACCGGCUAUCAGCGUGAUGGGAAUAACACAUGUGCAGAUGUGGACGAAUGUCAAGGAAACCCAUGCCUGGCAAACCAGAGAUGUGUCAACUCUGAGGGCUCUUUCAGCUGUCCUUGUGAAACUGGAUAUGUCCCGUCUGUCUCAGGGUGCACAGAUGAUGAUGAAUGUCAGCCAAAUGACUGUGGAGCCAAUUCAGUGUGUACAAAUUCUGUAGGGUCUUUCACUUGUGGAUGUCUCCCUGGUUAUUUGUACGAUAACAAUGACAACUGUGUUGAUAUCGAUGAAUGUCGAGGAAACCCAUGCCAGGUGAAUCAGGUUUGUGUCAACAACGAUGGCUCUUAUACCUGUCCUUGUGAUACUGGAUUUGUCCUCAACGGAACAGUUUGUAUAGACAUAAAUGAAUGUGAUGGAAACCCUUGCCCGCAGAACGAGGUGUGUAGCAACUCUUUUGGCUCUUACAGCUGUUCUUGUGCUGCUGGAUUUGUCCGCUCUGCAUCUGUGUGUACAGAUGUCAAUGAAUGUGAAGGAAACCCAUGCCAGGUGAAUGAGAUUUGUAUCAACACAAUUGGCUCUUACACAUGUCCGUGUGCUACUGGAUUUGCUUCUGGAACCACAGGGUGUACAGAUGUGGAUGAAUGUGAGCAGACUGUUUGCCGAACCAAUGAGGAGUGUGCUAACAUUCCGGGAUCUUACCAAUGCACCUGUGCUACUGGCUAUCAGCGCAGCCAGUUUGGCCUGUGUGAAGAUGUGGAUGAAUGUGAUCAGAACCCAUGCCAAGCUAAUGCGGGAUGUACUAACAACGAUGGAUCAUUUUCAUGUUCCUGUAACACUGGCUACAAGAGUGAUGUGACUGGCACAUCAUGUGUAGACAUAGAUGAAUGUGAUACUGAUCCAUGCAAGGAAAACUCACGAUGUGUCAACUCUGUGGGCUCUUUUAGCUGUCCGUGUGUUACUGGAUUUAUUUCUGAUGGGUUUGAGUGUAAAGAUGAGGAUGAAUGUCUGAAAAACCCAUGUAGCGGGAAUACAGUGUGUAACAACAAUGUGGGCUCCUUCAGUUGUGACUGUGCACCAGGCUUUGUCUUAAGUGGACAAACAUGCAUUGAUGUAAACGAAUGCAGUCAAAACCCAUGCUCUGCCAAUGAGGAUUGUACCAACAAUGAAGGAUCAUACGUGUGUUCCUGUUCUGCUGGUUAUGAGCGUGAUGUGAAUUCGACAUGUAUAGACCAAGAUGAAUGUCAGAGAACUCCAUGCGGGCUAGUUGAAACCUGCAGAAACACUGUUGGAUCUUACACUUGCAAUUGUAUAGCUGGCUAUGAGCGUGUUGUCCUUGGAGCCGAGUGUACAGAUAAGAAUGAAUGUCUUACUUCCCCUUGUGGUGUCAAUGAAGACUGCACUAAUUCUGUGGGAUCCUUCUCCUGUUCCUGUUCUGAUGGUUACAACAGGACCACCCCUGCAGACCCCUGUCAAGAUAUUGACGAGUGUGAAGGAGUAUCCCCAUGCCUAUCAAGGCAGGUAUGCAGCAACACAGAUGGCUCUUUUGAAUGUGUCUGUCCAGAAGGUUCUCAGCCUGAUGCUGCAAACAACUGUCCAGAUAUCAACGAAUGCUCCUCCAGUCCAUGCUCACUGAAUCAAGUGUGCGUCAACACUGACCCUAACUUCCGGUGUGACUGUAGGCCUGGCUUCGCUCCAGGAACAAAUGGAUGUCUGGAUAUCAACGAAUGUGAUACAAAUCCAUGCGGGCAAAAUGAAGACUGCACAAACAAACCUGGCUCAUUUGACUGUUCCUGUUCUGCUGGCUAUGUGAAUGGCACCAGUGGUGUCUGUGUUGACUUUAACGAAUGUCAAGGUAAUCCUUGCGCAGUGAACCAAGUGUGUAACAACACAGAAGGCUCUUACAAUUGUCCUUGUGUAACAGGCUUUUCACUACAGGGAUCUGCAUGCACAGACAUAAAUGAAUGCGACCAAAACCCAUGUGGGGUGAACCAGGAGUGUAGCAAUAAUGAAGGCUCUUACUCCUGCCCUUGUGUUGUGGGAUACACCCUCAAUGGAACAGUGUGUACAGACGUGGAUGAAUGUGCUGGGAACCCGUGCCAGGCAAACCAGCGGUGCAGCAACAAUGAGGGUUCUUUCACUUGUUCUUGUGUUGAUGGCUAUAUCUUCAAUGGAACUGUAUGCAUAGAUGUGGAUGAAUGCAUGAGCAAUCCUUGUAGCACUUUACAUUCUUGUAAUAACAACGAUGGAUCAUUCACGUGCACAUGUGUUCUUGGCUAUCUGGGUGAUGCAAUAACAUGUACUGAUAUAGAUGAAUGUACUACAUUUGACCCGUGCACUGGUACAAAUGAGGAGUGUGUCAACUCUCCUGGCUCAUUCAAGUGUAACUGUCUCCCUGGAUUCUCUGGACCACUGUGUGAAGAUAUCAACGAAUGUGAUACAAAUCCAUGCGGGCAAAAUGAAGACUGCACAAACAAGCCUGGCUCAUUUGACUGUUCCUGUUCUGCUGGCUAUGUGAAUGGCACCAGUGGUGUCUGUGUUGACAUCAACGAAUGUGCCAGAAACCCAUGCAAGGCAAAUGAAGACUGUACCAACAAUGAGGGAUCUUUCACCUGUCCUUGCCUUGCUGGCUUUGAGAAGAAUGGAACUGUGUGUAUAGACAUUGACGAAUGUCGAACAAACGUUUGUGGGGUAAAUGAGGUGUGCACCAACUCUGUAGGUUCCUACAGCUGUCCCUGUGCGACUGGAUAUGUGCUCUCUAACUCAGUGUGUACAGAUAAAGAUGAAUGUACUGGAAACCCAUGUGAUUUGAAAGAGGUGUGUACCAACACACCAGGUUCUUUCAACUGUACGUGUGAUGUUGGCUUUGAGCUCAAUGGAACCCUGUGUACAGAUGUGAAUGAAUGUGCAGAUGACCCAUGCAAAGCUGUGGUAGAGGUGUGUGUCAACAAUCAAGGGUCAUACACGUGUUCCUGUGCCGCUGGUUAUCAGCAAGUCGUUACAGGAGGGCCAUGUGAAGAUGUGGAUGAAUGUCAAACACAACAACCAUGCCAAGCCAAUGAAGACUGCACAAACAACAAUGGAUCAUUCUCUUGCUCUUGUUCCACUGGCUACCUGCUGGAGAAUAACACUUGUGUUGAUGUAGAUGAAUGUGGAGGAGCGAACCCUUGCUCAGCGAAUGCAGACUGCGCCAACACUCCCGGCUCAUUCACCUGUACAUGUAGUAAUGGAUUUACCUCAUCCGCUUCAGGGUGUUCAGAUGUAAAUGAAUGUCUGAGUAGGCCAUGUCUGGCGAACCAGGUCUGUGCCAACACUGAAGGCUCCUUCUCGUGUUCAUGUGCCACAGGCUACAUUUUUUCUCCCGUUGGGUGCAUAGAUAUAAACGAGUGUGAACCACUAAACCCAUGCUCUGCUAACGAGGAUUGUACCAACAAUGAAGGAUCAUUCGUUUGUUCCUGCUCUGCUGGCUUUGAGAAAAAUGUGAAUGACACAUGUGUGGACACAAACGAAUGUGAGGGAGGAAACCCAUGCAGGGCAAGUGAGCAGUGUGUCAACAAUGUGGGCUCUUACACAUGUACCUGUAGAACUGGAUAUAACUUCACCGAAUCACAGUGCAAAGACAUAGAUGAAUGUACUGAUGACCCAUGCGGAGCAAACCAGAGCUGUUUUAACAGCGUGGGCUCUUACUCCUGUUCUUGUUUAGCGGGAUACAUUCCAAGUGGAUCAGGCUGUUCAGACUUAAAUGAAUGUCUUAGUGGCCCAUGCUCUGCAAACCAGCUCUGUACAAACACUGAUGGCUCUUACACAUGUAGUUGCUUACCUGGAUAUAUUGACCAAGGAUCAGUCUGUACAGAUGCAGACGAAUGUGCUUUAAAUCUUUGCCCACCAAAUACAGUGUGCAGUAACACCCCAGGCUCUUUCACUUGUCCUUGCGCACCUGGAUAUACUUUCUUCCCCGGCAGUGGAUGUUCGGACAUUGACGAAUGUACUGGAAACCCUUGUCCGGUGAAUAACGACUGUAGCAACACUGUGGGCUCCUACGAUUGUUCAUGUUCCAUAGGCUAUGUCCUGAAUGGAACUGUGUGUUCAGAUGUGGACGAAUGUCAACAGCAGCCAUGCUCUGCUAAUGAGGUUUGUGUUAACAACGAUGGAUCGUACACUUGCUCCUGCUCUACUGGCUACCGGUCUAAUGCAAACAACAUAUGUGUAGAUGUCGAUGAAUGUGAAGGAAACCCAUGCCCCCUGUUAGAGCAGUGUACAAAUACAGAGGGCUCUUACAACUGUACCUGUAUUACUGGGUAUCAACAAGUUGGAACGCAGUGUGAAGAUGUUGAUGAAUGCCAGAGAAGUGUUUGCAGUACCAAUGCCGUAUGUAGAAAUGUUCCAGGAUCUUAUAUCUGCUCCUGUGCUAAUGGUUAUACGGAUUCUGUUCCAGCUGGUACUUGUGAAGAUGUUGAUGAAUGUCAAGGCCAGAAUCCUUGCAGUGCAAGCCUGACAUGCUUCAACACAGAUGGCUCUUUUGACUGUCUUUGUUCAGAUGGUUCACAGCCUGACGUCAACCUUAACUGUCCAGACGCCAAUGAGUGUGCCCUCAGCCCCUGUGGACCAAAUCAAGUGUGUGUUAACACUAGCCCUGGAUUCCAGUGUGAAUGUAGGCCUGGCUACACACCUGGACAGACUGGAUGUGUGGAUAUCAAUGAAUGUGAUUUAGGCAAAUGUGGGGUAAAUGAAGACUGCACCAACUCUCCCGGCUCUUUUGACUGUACAUGUUCUCCUGGCUUUGUGAACAGCACCAGCAAUAUCUGUGUCGACAUUGACGAAUGUGAAGGAUCCCCUUGCCAGAGAAAUGAAGUGUGUAACAACACUGUGGGCUCUUACAGCUGUACCUGUGCUGUUGGAUUUGAAGCCACUGUAUCAGGGUGUACAGACAUAGACGAAUGUACCGGAACACCAUGUCAGGAGAAUGCAGUGUGUGCUAACAAUGAGGGCUCUUACACCUGUACAUGUGAUUCAGGAUUCACCGAAGUUGGGUCGUUGUGUAAAGACAUUGAUGAAUGUGGAGGAAACCCAUGUGGACCAGGCAAGGUGUGUCAAAACUAUGAGGGUGGUUUCAAUUGCACAUGUCCAAUAGGCUUUACAGAAGCUGGAUCUGUGUGUAACGAUAUAGACGAAUGUACAGGAAACCCAUGCCAGUCUAACCAAGUGUGUAGUAACAACUUUGGCUCUUUCACCUGUCAGUGUGCAACAGGCUUUGCUAGUCCUUUCGCUGGAGCUCCAUGUACAGAUGUAAACGAAUGUUUAACAAACCCAUGUGGGGUGAACGAGGUGUGUAACAACAAUCAAGGCUCUUACACCUGUGCCUGCGCUCCUGGCUAUGCCUCGAAUGGAACAGCUUGUACAGAUGUGAAUGAGUGUACCUUUGCCAAUGCCUGCGAGGCCAAUCAAGAUUGUGUAAACCUCGAAGGAGCAUAUACAUGUAUCUGUUCUGCGGGCUAUCGACGUGAUGGGAAUGACAAUUGUGUUGAUCGGGAUGAGUGCGGAACUAGUCCAUGUCCGGUGAAUACCAACUGUGUCAACAAUGUGGGUUCUUACACAUGCAUCUGUGCUGAAGGCUAUACAGGCAAUCCGAAUGUUGGUUGUACUGACAUUGAUGAGUGUGUGAAAAAUCCAUGUGGGCUGAAUGCCAACUGCGUCAACUCCAUCGGUUCUUACACUUGUAACUGUGCCACAGGCUAUACUAGCAAUGCAAAUCUUGAUUGUGUUGAUCAGGAUGAGUGUGUGAACAACCCAUGUGGCCCGAAUGCCGCCUGUACCAACGCCAUUGGUUCUUACACCUGCACCUGUACUCCAGGCUAUAUUGGCAAUCCAAAUGUUGGUUGUGUUGAUCAGAAUGAAUGUUUGAACAAUCCAUGUGGACUGAAUGCCUUCUGUUCCAACACCAUUGGUUCUUACACCUGCACCUGUGCAUCAGGCUAUGAAGGCAAUCCAAAUACUGGUUGUGUUGAUCGAAAUGAAUGUUUGAACAAUCCAUGUGGACCUAAUGCCGCCUGUACCAACACCAUUGGUUCUUACACCUGCACCUGUGCAUCAGGCUAUAUUGGCAACCCAAAUGUUGUUUGUGUUGAUAUUGAUGAGUGUGACAACAAUCCAUGUGGACAGAAUGAGAACUGUACCAACACCCAAGGCUCUUACUCCUGUGCCUGUGCCACAGGCUAUGGCGGUGAUCCAACAGGUGGCUGUACUGAUAUAGACGAAUGUCAGGACAGUCCAUGUGGGCAGAAUGCUGACUGUACCAACACUGUCGGUUCUUACUCCUGCAACUGUGCUUCAGGCUAUAGUGGCAAUCCAGAUGUUGGUUGUGUUGAUAUUGAUGAGUGUGACAACAAUCCAUGUGGACAGAAUGAGACCUGUACCAACACCCAAGGCUCUUACUCCUGUGCCUGUGCCACAGGCUAUGGCGGUGAUCCAACAGGUGGCUGUACUGAUAUAGACGAAUGUCAGGACAGUCCAUGUGGGCAGAAUGCUGACUGUACCAACACUGUCGGUUCUUACUCCUGCAACUGUGCUUCAGGCUAUAGUGGCAAUCCAGAUGUUGGUUGUGUUGAUAUUGAUGAGUGUGACAACAAUCCAUGUGGACAGAAUGCCACCUGUACCAACACCCAAGGCUCUUACUCCUGUGCCUGUGCCACAGGCUAUGACGGUGAUCCAACAGCUGGCUGUACUGAUAUAGACGAAUGUGAGGACAGUCUUUGUGGGCUGAAUGCCGACUGUACCAACACUGUCGGUUCUUACUCCUGCAACUGUGCUUCAGGCUAUAGUGGCAAUCCAGAUGUUGGUUGUGUUGCUGUGCUCAGGAAUGUUGUCCAGAUAUUACUGACAAACUUUCAACUGUCUCCGGAUCUUCAGAGUGAUCCAGCAUACAUACUAUUCCUCACCAAUCAGAUCUUUGAGUACUUAAGAGCCAGAGUAAGAGGAUUAAGCGGCGUGCGGAUAACUAGUUUGAGGCAGGGAAGUUUGAUUAUUGAGUUUGAAGUGGACAUAAACCCCUCGCUGAAUGACAACCCAGAGGGUGAACUCAUCAGGGCCUUGACUGAUAUGAGUCUGCUUGACAUAAAGACAGCAAUCAAUGGAACUGAUACUGAGCGCCCUAAAACUGUUAAACUUGGAAAUACAGAAUUAACAAGUAACUUGUCUCAGUGUGAAAAACGAACAUCAGUAGCAUCAUGUGGACCUGGUAGGACUUGUUUUGUCGACAGAAACCAGGUGUCAUAUUGUUCAAGGAAAAAGAAUGAUGCAGAUAACGAUUUGUACAUUGCAAUUGGCAUUGGAGCUGCUAUUGCCUUUUUCAUAAUGAUCCUCAUCAUUAUCGGUGUACUUUUGUGGAGACAUAAGGAAGACAAUUACAAGAAAUAUGAAGGUGCCUAAUCAGAGGGCAGACAACCUACCUCAGGAGCCACAACACUUGAGGAAGGACACUGUUUCUUCCAUGUUGGAUAUCAUCAGCUAGCUGUUCAAAUGUCCUAAGUCAAGAGAGCGAUUUAUUUUAAAAGAGAGAAAAAAAACUUUUCAAUUCUUUUGUAAACUGCACUUGUAUCAUGUAUCUUUUCUAGCUUUUUUUUUCUCAAAAUUUAGAACUUGAGUUUCGAACAAAUAAUUAACGGAUAUAUGCAACUGAUAUAAUGAUACGAAUUGAAGAAACUGCAAUAAAAAUUAUUUUUAACAUUUUAGGCUAAGUACAUCUGAACGGCUGGCUAACGUUAUAACAAAAUUCUCAUGUCAUUGCUCAUUCAUUACACAAUUGCCCCCCCCCCCCCUCAACUGCAUGUGAUUUCACUGAAAUUGACUUGCUAUGAUAAGUCAUCUGUUACAUCUCAUAGUUUGCCCUAAUUUUUUUUGUAAAGAGUUUGCAAACUCAAGAUCAUGUGUUGCAAAAACAUUCUGCCGUUUUUCUGCAAUGCUAUUUAAAGAGAAGGUAGAUUAGAGACUUAUUGUAAUUUUUGCCUGAAAUUAUGUUUUAUUUUGUAAAUUUCGUGCUUUUUUGGCUUCAGCUUCAAUGUGUUGUCUUAGAAUACAUCUUUAGAGAUUUUUGUGACAAACUGCGUUGUUUUGGAAAUGUGAAGUAAAGACAUUAAUUUUCAGAGGAAAGGAGGGGGUGGGGGGUGGAGGGGAAUUUGUGAGAACUGCAGUUAUUGAAGCAAUGAAAGAGAUUUAAAAUUGAUUAAUUUUCCUUGUUUUGUGUUCACAUUGUAUACUCUUUUAUGAUAAGGACAUAUUUCAUUUCAAUGCCCAGUUUUUUUUUCUAUUUUAUAUUUAACUACCCCUGGUGAACCUGUUUAAUAUUCUUUCUAACUGUGUAUAAAGAGGGUUGUUUUAUUGUAAUCAUUGUUGCCAAUGCGAAGAUAAUUCUAUUUGUUUGUAAAAAUAUAGCUUUUUGAUAUAAUACAAAUAUAAUAUAUGCAUACAUGUAUAGACUAUGCCUACAAGUUACAAUAUUUAUUCCAUUUUUAUUAAUUUUUUUGCUAUAACAUUGCUAUUUUUAUCAUAUAUUUUAGGAAAAUGUUAUACCAAUCUGAACAUGUUGAAUAAAAUUUUAUUGUUUUAUAUAAUAACAAAA